AUGUCUCAAGCCACUUCAAUCCCCAGUGUCCUUUCCUCUUUCACCGAAAAGUGGUCCCCUCGUCUCGUCGCCUCAAUAAACGACCACGACGUCAAAGUCGCCAAAAUUGACGGUGAAUUUAUAUGGCACGCGCACCCAGACUCAGAAGAACUUUUCUAUCUACUCUCCGGAAAGUUGACGAUGGAGAUCCAAGGCGAGGAGCCGGUCGUCAUGAAAGAAGGCGAUAUGUAUGUUGUGCCAAAGGGUGUGACACAUAAGCCUGUGGCGGAAAAUGCGGUUAUCAUGAUGGUUGAGCGCGAAGGAACGGUCAAUACGGGAGAUCAGACGGACUCUGACAGGACAAAGACGCCAAAGGAUGUGAGAGGGGAGAACUAA